CCACCAUCGACCUACCCAUUCACAGUCUCACACCAUUAACACAUCACUAACCUCCUUUGCCCAAGGCGCAAAUUCUCACGCUCAUGUCAGUUCGCGCGUCCUAAGUCAGACGCAACCAAACCACCGCACAUAUCAAGAAUGCGCUUCAGCAGGACCAUUCAGCAGCCAAACGACGCUCGAUCAUGACCACCGUCUUCGGCACGGCCGUUCCUUGGCCGGCAAAGGACCCGAAUAAACAGAUAAUAGUAUCUACACCUCUAAAAUAUCCUACGAGCGGCAAACGGACCACCAGUGCAACAUCGUCGCUCAGCGAUGCGGGGCCCGAGGCUGACCCGCCCGACCUGAGGGAACUCAACAACGCUCUCCAAGCGUUGACGGAUGUCUUUCCCGAUAUACAACCCGAGGUGUUUCGAGAGAUGCUCAGUAGCUUUGACAAGGAGAGCCGGCUACAAGUCAUCACUGAGAGUCUGUUAAAGCAUGGGGCGAAAUGGGUACGCGGACGAUACCGGAUGCCGCAAGAGCAGGAACAGCAGCAAGUUGCGGAGGGAGGGAAGACGUAUAAAUACCGUGCUGCGAAGAAGCAAGACUCCCGAGGAGAGCCUCUGCCCGUCGAGGAACGAUUCAGGUCGGAAAAUUAUAAGAAUGCCGUCAAGGCCGCUCUGUACCAGGAGUUUAAGGGAUUAAGCCACUCUACUAUACGCGCAGUUCUGGCGGAAUAUAAUUACUCGUACACUCAGGCCAGGCCUACCCUUUUCGCUCUCGUGUCUAAAUCAUGGAGGUAUUCCAUUACCAGCUUCUUGAUGAGGCGAAAGCCACCAUCCGCAGAGAACCACCCUCUUGUCAGCUGGCGGGCUGCAGACCCGAAGACAGGCCGUCCUCCUGUGCCACGUCUGGCGCAUACGAAGAGCACAGAGUUAGACAAGGAGCUGUUUGAGACUCUAGUAGUCCCUGUCCUGACUAAGCAGAGGGCUGACCAAGUCCGCUUGGAUCGGGAACUCGCCGAAGAACUUAACGAGGCAGAAGCAGAGGAAGCCGGCGAAAUGUACGACUGCGAGUGCUGCUUCACUCCUAGUACCCUGGAGCAACUCUCUACCUGCGAUGAGGAGGGCCACUACGUCUGCUUCCGCUGCAUCAAGCACUCCAUCAACGCCGCUCUCUACGACCAAAGCUGGUCCCGAAACAUCGACUCAGCACAAUGUACUCUCCGCUGCGUAGCCCCUGUAGCAGAUGGUCUCGACGUCUGCACCGGCUGCAUCCACCCCGUCUUCAUCCGCCGUGCCCUCGGCGACGACCAAGACGGCAACGACACCUUCCGCCGCCUUGAAGAACGCUCCGCCUCCGAGACCCUCCAAAAGUCCCAACUCCCCCUCAUCCGCUGCCCCUUCUGCGCCUACGCCGAAGUCGACAUGCUCGACCACCCGUCCCAGCGCUUAACCUUCCGCCCCUCGCUCCGCGCCGUCUCCGCCUCCUCCCCCCUCGCCGCCCUCCAGACCCUCUACAACGAAGCCCUCACCAUCCUUCUCUACCUCUUUUUCAUUUUCCUCUCCCUACUGCUCCAACUCGCCACUCUCCCUCCUCUCUCCCCCCUCCUCACCCCCCUCCCCGCCUCCCUCGCCCGCGCCCGCCGCAAACGCCGCGGCCUCCGCUUCACCUGCGCCGCGCCCGCCUGCGCCCGCUCCUCCUGCCUCACCUGCCUCGCCGAGUGGCACGACAUCCACAUCUGCCACGAGUCGUCCAAAACCGCCUUACGAACAUCCGUCGAGCGCGCCAUGGCCGACGCCAUCAAGCGCACGUGUCCGAAGUGUAACCUCUCCUUCGUCAAGAGCACGGGGUGCAACAAGCUGACCUGUGUUUGCGGCUACACGAUGUGCUAUGUGUGCCGCGCGGAUAUCAGAGAACAGAGUUACGCGCACUUUUGCCAGCAUUUCCGCGAGCAGCCGGGCGUUUGUAAGAUUUGUGAGCGGUGUGAUUUGUAUCGCACGGAGGAUGAGGAGGUUGGAGGUCAAUUGAUGUUGGGUUUUGGUGAUGCGGUUUGAGAUGGUGCUUUGGAAUGUGACGUCUGUGAUACUUUGAAUCGGGCCGUGGGAAUAGGGUAGAUU